AUGGCCUAUCUCUCUGUCAUCGCCUUGGCCGACGGAUUUCAGCAUGCUGAUGAGCCGUUCUUUUUCAAGGCCCUCGCCUUGGGUGACGUGGCCACCAAGACCUAUCGCAUCCGCCAGUUCGAUUCGACUCCACUACUAACCAGCUCCGCCACUGCUAUCCAAACUUAUAGAUACCAGUCACAUCUCCAUGGUUGGGACCUCCACUCCACCGGUCUGCCUCAGUGUGCAGUGGAAACCUGCCUCCUUUCCUUCCUCCAGGAGUUCAUCUUGGACGUUUUUGAGGGCAACCAGCCUGUUCCCGAGACAAUCACCAUUUGGGUGAAGGGAAGACACCAAAUGGCCCUAUUCGGUCGACUAGUGGAGUCUUUGCCUUGUCUCGGUAUAGCCCUUCUUGUCCAGGACUUAGAGAACAUUUCCUGCCCACCGGCAAAACAG